AUGCGUCUUCUCGAGCCGCAGUUCAGCUUAUACCCCUGGUUAAUGCAUCCCGCGUCGGAGGUUAAUUCCGAGCCUUCGGAAACCCUCCCUACGACCACUGUCGAGGCGCCAGCCAAAGAGCCCACCGCAGAGCCUGCCGCAGAGCCCGACAACGAGCAAGGCGACGCCCCCGAGCAGGGCAAUGGAAAUGGCAAGGACAACACGGACGACGGAGCCGUAGUCGACAAGCCCGACUUUUGCAUCCGCCGUCAUCAUAUGAAGAAGCACAGCCGCGCGUUCAGACACGGACGCCGCCACCACCACCACCACCACCGUUGCUAA